UCUCCGAAAUACCGUACCUCCUACCUCGUGUUUUCUCUGCACGUCUGGCUCACCCUGCAAAAUAAACGAGUGUACAGUUGCCCUAUUGGAUAUAGGAUCACAUCUAUCUCGCUUCUGUUUUAAGUUUGGAAUAUUCGUCUCGUGGGAGUUCUAUAUUCGUAAAUCCAUUUUGAAGUGCAAUAUGGAUUGUUGUAUGUAGCCUUCUAGUUCCACUGUUAUUUUACCUCUCUUUGUGUUUGGAAAGAUUGCAGAUGGGUUGUUAGGUCAGUCUUCAGCUGUGUGAUUUUGAAGCAGAUAAAACUACCCCUGUCAAAAAAAUCAAGUCCCAUUAUCUGUCUCCUUACGAGGCAUCAACUUUUCAUCGAAACUUAGCCUCUGAAUUCCACCUUACACCUGGCCCUAAGGAUUCUUUUCUUCAUAACCAGUCCUUUCCUAAUGCUCAAAAAGACCCAGAAAAUGGGAAUGCCUCAUUUGACAUGGGAGAAUCUCACAAGUUUUCAAUUGGCAGGUUCAAAGGUGAUUCAUUAGAUUCUUUUAGUUAUUCUCCCUUAAAAACAUCUCCAUUGCGAGGUAGCGAAACACAUAACAUUCGUCAUUUAAAUGGCAAUUCGCCAUUCUGUGAUAUUGUUGAAGCAAAAUCAGCAAAUAUUUCAUUUCACAUGCAGAAUCCAACUAAGGCUGUUGUGACAAUUGAUGCAGAAACAACAGAAAUUUUGACAGCCAACAAAUUAGCAAAUAAACUUUUAGGUCUUAGAGAUGAACAUGAUCCUGUUAAACUAAUUGAUUUUAUUAAAUCGCCUGAAGAUCAAUCUUCGUUUUUUGAAGCUGAUUUGAAACCAAAUGGAGAAUUAGUACUUUUUGCUGGAAAAGUGAUGGACGUUAUUACAGCUUCUGAUCACGUAGUUCCUGUUUCUGUAUGGGCUCGAGGAAUAACUUCAGAUUCAGAUUAUCGCUACCUUGUUGUCAUGGAACCUGUUGAAAGAACAACAGGAAUAGUUCACUUUGAUCACAAUGGAAGAAUUUUUUAUUGUGAUCAAAGGUUUGUUUCUGUAUUUGGUUACUCUGCAAUUCAUGAAGUGCUUGGUUUACACAUAGUAGACUUGAUGCCUAAUGUGGAAUUUAAUUCAGAAAAUAAAAGUCAGGAAAUAAGUAAUAAACAGUGUGUGACUGGUCGAACCCAAGAUGGAUUCAUUUUUCCACUCAGUAUACAAAUUGGUCCAAUUUUUACUAAAGAAACUGUAAAUCCAGAAACAGAUGCUUACGAAGGCAUUGUUUGGGUAUUCAGUAAUAUCAGUGGCCUCAUCACUUUAUCACCUGAUGGAACUAUCCAUAGUUGCAACACAAAUUUCUCUCUUCUUUUCUUUGGAUAUUCACAAACUGAGCUAGUUGGAAAGAAUAUCUCAUUUUUAAUCCCAUCAUUCUACGAUGACUAUGAGUAUCUUGACACAGAUUCAAUGGCUUUACCAAUGUUUGAUGAAGAUGAUGAUUCGAAUGCUAAAUAUGGUACAUCUGAUGGGCGAACUACUGCAGAUUCCAUUGGAUUAGAUAUUCCUAGUAGGCCAAUGAAUCCAGUUGCACUCUCGCCGAACAUGCGAGAAGAUUAUGAUGAUUAUAACAGAUCCUCUGCACUAUCUGCAUUUGGUGAUGAUCAAUCAGUCUCUUCCAGUCAGUUAUCUUUCAAUCAGCAGUCACCAGAAGAGAAAUCUAACGAACAGUUGGGUUGCAUUUAUUUAGAUUCCUCAGCUGUUAGUCCUCAUUCCUUGGAAAAGCCCAUUGAAAAUUCGAAUUCUUUUAAUGAUGAGUUAUCUGCAUCUUCAUCUCGACGCUCUCGGCAUUUGUCCUACAGUGAAUCUCAAGAUACUCUUCAUUCUGGCACAAAUAGCAUUACUGGUUCAGAUAUCAAUGCUAACUUUUAUGGUCCCAGUGAUGGUAAAGUUUCUUUUGAAACACACAAUGAUACUUUUAGUGAACAUUCAUAUAGUUCUUCAGAAGCAUCUUCUAGUGAACAUGAAAGUGCUUCAGAAUCUGAAGCUGAUGAAUCAUCUGAAGAAGAAAAAGACAAUGAGUCCUUGUUUAGCAAGGAAGAUUAUUCCAACAAAAAAUAUCUGGUGCCUAGUAUUGUUGACUUUUCGGAAUCCAACUCUUCAAACUAUAAAGGACAUGUACGUUCCCGCUCAUUAUCAGAGAGUGGUUUAAAAAGUGCCAGUCUAAUAACUAAAAUCUCAACUCCUAAAGAAGGGAGUUUCAAGCCUACAAGUGAGAAUUCUACUCAUAGUAUAUUAGAAGGUGAUUUUAUUGGUCUAGGACGUCACAGAGAUGGUUUUAAUAUAGGUAUUCAGUACAUAAUAAAAAAAGUCACAUUGGAUGAUGGAAAAGCUCUUUAUUGUUUGUGGGUUUCUCGUGAUCCAGAAAUAAAAGAAAUUGGUCAUGGAAGCAGACUACUUCAUGACAGUAGUCGCACUGAAAGCGCUGACACAAGUCAUAGCGAUACUAGUCAUACUGAAUCUCAGGUUGAAAGAUCUUCAAGUGCUACAAGUUCAGAAGCUUCUGUUUUAUCAGAAUCUGUAUACAUUGAGGGAGAUUUUUCUAAAAAUUAUACUAUCAUGCAGCAUCUCAGGAAAGGUGCAUUUGGUUGCAUCAAACGGGCUUACCGCAACUCAGAUGGUCUUCUAGUUAUAGCAAAAUUUAUUAAGAAAUCAGAGGUGUACAAAGACUCAUGGAUUUAUGAUAACAAAUUCAAAAAAGAAGUGCCUAUUGAAAUAGCUAUAACAAAUUCCAUAGAUCAUCCCAACAUUGUUAAAGUUUUGGAAGUAUUUGAAAAUGACACGUUUUUCCAAAUGGUCAUGGAGAAGCAUGGCCAUGGUAUGGAUCUCUUUGAAUUCAUUGAAAAACACCCAAAAAUGGAUGAACCACUGGGAAGCUAUAUUUUCAGACAGAUAGUGGCUGCUCUGAGUCAUCUUCAUGGUAUGUCCAUUUUGCAUCGAGACAUCAAAGAUGAAAAUGUCAUAAUAGAUGAGAAAUUUCAUGUAAAGUUAAUUGACUUUGGUUCUGCUGCAUUCAUGAAACAGGGUGAUGAAAUGUUUUCUACUUUCUGUGGCACAAUGGAAUACUGUAGUCCAGAAGUCAUUCGGGGUAAUAAGUAUCGUGGUCCAGAACUUGAAAUGUUUGCAUUAGGUGUAACCCUCUAUACUCUUUUGACUGAGGAAAAUCCUUUUGUGGGACCAGAUGAAAUACUUGAAGGAGUGUAUGCAAUUCCAUCCGGAUUUUCAGAAGAAGUAAUUGCGCUAAUUAAUCAUUUAUUGGAACCUGAUCCUUUGUUACGUUGCACUUUGCCUGAAGUGGAAGAAAAUCCUUGGGUUAAUCAACCAGUUUGUAUAGAUAAAUACAAAUUUGAUGAAGUUAUAAAUUGUAGUUAUGAAGUAAUGCACCCAGCUAAAUAUUAUCAGGACUUGUUGCCUGAAAACAAUGAGAACACAGAUUCCGAAUCAUCUUGCCUGAGUUCCAAGCUGUCUCACAUUAAACUGAGUGAGCAUUAUCGAUCUUCAACAGACAGUGAAGUGAACUUUCAAUCAUCUGCUUUUAAGCAAAAACUGUAAUUUUUAGCAUAGUUUGUACAGCUGGCUUUGAAUCUUUCAUUCCACUAUGGGAUCAAUUGUAUUUUACUAAGUUUGCUGCAACAUGGGCAAUUGUGAAGUUUUUUUUUUAAUUAUAUCGCUGAAACUUUGAAUUAUUUCCUAUUUUAAAUAAAAAUUGUUAUUACUUUUUUUUUUAUUUUUUUUUUUUUUUAAAUAAAAUUUUUAUUGAGGAAGUUAAAACUUUAGAGGUUUAGAAUUAAUAAUAAAAAAAGUCUCUUGCAUAAAAAAUUUAAAAAAUGAAGGCUCAUUAAAGAUUUUUCAAGAAAAUUCAGGUAAAUAAAUUUUUUAAAUGUCUUUUUGCACUUAUCAUACGAUGGUGGGUUUUGAGAAUUUGAUUUUAGUUCUGUAAAGAAAUACUUAAUGAAAACAGAAGAGUGAUUUUAUUUGAAUUUUUCUCUGUUAAUGUAUUUUUUUUUGUUUUGUAUAUUUCAUCCUUCAUUCCACUUCAUUUAUUACCAAGAAAUUGCAUUAAUUUACAUUUAAUGACAUGUUUUUCUAAUUAUUUGCAUUCAUUUUGCUUAGGAACUAUGAAUAUGGUUUUAUUUAAUGAUUAUGGAUUUUUAUAAUUAUUGGUAAGAAUCCAUUUAAGAUGUCAUGAAAAUAAGUGUAUUGUGGAUAGGACAUUAUCUGUUAAGGACAAAUAAUCAUCCAUUUUCCAUUUCAUUUUCAUUUGAAAUAUCCAUAUGAAUAAUAAUUUAUUAGCAGAAAUUAUUUUUAAAAAUCUUUUCGUUCGUAUUUUAUGUAUUUAUUUGAAGUAAUUGAUGCACAGAAAGGCAAUUAAUUUUAAUUAGUUUACUUAAAACUAAAUGCUGCCAAUAUAAAUAUGUAAACUAUUCUUCCAUUUAAUAGUUACUAAGUACUGCACAAGCACAAUUACCCAUUAUUAAAUGUUGUAGAAUGCUAAGGUUCUGUUAGUCUAAAAUUGCCUUUUGCUUUAUAUUUACAGCUUUUCAUAAAUGUUUUCUGUAUAUUUUGAUAAGAGCUAUAUUAAUUUGUGAUACUAUAUUAUACUACUUAAAGUGUCACCACAUUUUAGUUUUAAUUCUGUUAAUGUAGAAUUUGAUUUCUACUAUUGAAAUUGAAUACUUAACCCUUGGUUUCUUUAUGUUCAUUGAUUUAUGAUCUUAUUUAAAACAGAAAAUGGCACAAUUUCUUUUUACACUUAAAAACUUUAUUAUUAAUUAAUAAGAAAAUAAACCAUGUGUAAAUUAAAAUAAUUCAACAAUUAUUGAUUAAUUACUUUAUAUCAAAAAGUUGAAUAAUUUGAGAAAGGAAAAGUAGUGUGAAAGUUUUUGCCAUCUUUCUUCAAAAAGUUGUACAAAGUGUUGCAAAAAUGUAUAUACACAUCAAGAUUUCAUAAUUUUCAUGAACUAAUAGAAAUGUAAUAUCUUGUCAGUUAUUGAAACUCAUAUAUUUGCUGUCUUUGGCCUGACACAGCUUUUUCUAAUGAUACCUCUUUGUCCUAAAUCCUUAUUUACUAUAUUUUCAACGAUAAAUUUAUAUUUCAAAUGAAUUAAAUACAUUAAUUUUGAUUGUAAUAACGGAUAUAAAUUAUGAAAUUUAGAUGAUUUUUAUUAAAUGUUUUUAUAAUAGCUAUUGAAAGUGUAGAUACAUUGUUAAUGCACCCCAGGGUUAAGUUAUUGAAAUAAGAAAUUUUAUUAUUUAAAUUUUCUUCUCAAUAGCCCAUGUUGCUAUGCUACAAGAAUUUACACUGUAGAAAAAAAAUUAGUAUUAAAUUGUAAGUUUAAUGUGUUGUGAACAGAGUAUACAUAAUUUUACUGAAUACCAAUAAGUGCCAAAGGAAUGUAUUUUUGUUGUGCUGUCCCUAGUUAAAAACAUUACAUUUUCUCCCUUUAUGAGCAAUAGUCAAGCUUUUGAAAGCUUUUUACACUGUUUACAUGUGAUUUGUAGUUUGUAAAUUUCUUUAUUGUACAUCCAGAAUAUCAAAGGGAAAAACAACAACAACCACACUAGUGUCUUAAACUGCCCUGCUCAAAUACAGCUUUCUUUGUCUUGUAAAUACAUUUAAGUCUAUUUCUGUGAUAUAAUUGUAUAUUAUGUGUUGUCAGCAACUAUUUUAAUAAGUAGAUGUAUAUCAGUGAGUGCAUGUUACUAUUGCAAGUGAUAUUUAUUACCAAUGGAAAUAAUUUAUGGCUUGUGUUUUUUAGCGUAUUUGGAGAAAGCUCUUUUUUUUGUGUAACUGCUACAGUGUAUCGUUUUUUAAUCUAUUUUCUGUAAUGUCAGUUGUAUUGUUUUAAACUAUACAAUUCUAAUAAACUGUUUAUUAUUUUGAGA